AUGGAGGAUAUUUUCCACUGGUGCCGCGAGGGAAACUCGAUCCAGGUACGGCUCUGGCUGGACGAUACCGAGCAUGAUAUGAAUUUGGGUGAUGAUCAUGGCUUUAGCCCACUGCAUUGGUGCGCGAAGGAAGGCCAUAGCAAGCUGGUGGAGAUGUUGCUGCAUCGUGGCGCACGGGUAAACGCGACCAACAUGGGCGACGAUAUACCGCUUCAUCUGGCCUCUGCCCACGGCCACUACGAUAUCGUGCAGAUGCUUAUACGCCACCGCUCGGAUGUGAAUGCGGCGAACGAGCAUGGCAAUACGCCGCUGCACUACGCUUGCUUCUGGGGCUACCAGGCUAUCGCGGAGGAGCUGGUCAAUAAUGGUGCACUGAUUUCGCUAGCCAACAAGGACGGUGACACGCCGUUGGAUAAGGCGAAAGCGUUGCUCGCUACACGCUUACACAAUCUGGCGGUAGAAAGUGGCCAAGAGCUGAAGAAGAUCAGCUUCAAGGAUCAGAGCUGGUCGGGCAUGAAGACCCGAUCGCGCGAUGCCACGCUGUCCCGGUUCAAGGGCAUCAACAUCCAGGAGCUGACGCUCCACAACAAGGUGGCGAUAACGCCCGGCGGCGAGACGUGGCGCGGCCGCUGGCAGAACAACGAAAUCAUUGCGAAGAUACUGGCGAUCCGCGAGUGUACCGCGCGGGUGGCGCGCGAUUUCAACGAGGAGUUCCCGAAGCUGCGCAUCUUCUCCCAUCCGAACAUUCUGCCCGUGCUGGGCGCGUGCAACGCACCGUCUAACCUGAUCGUCAUCAGCCAGUACAUGCCGCGCGGCUCGCUGUACGAUCUGCUGCACGGUACGGCCGGCAUUGUGGUCGAUACGGCGCAGGCCGUGCGGUUCGCGCUCGACAUUGCGCGCGGCAUGGCGUACCUGCACUCGCUCGAGCGCAUCAUCCCGGAGUAUCAUCUCAACAGCUUCCACGUGAUGAUCGACGAUGACCUGACCGCCCGUAUCAAUAUGGCGGACGCUAAGUUUUCGUUCCAGGAGCGCGGCCGCGUCUACCAGCCCGCCUGGAUGAGCCCGGAAAUGCUGCAGAAGAAGCGCACCGAGCGGAACUGGGAGGCGUGCGACAUGUGGAGCUUCGCGAUCUGCAUCUGGGAGCUGGCGACGCGCGAAAUCCCGUUCGCCGACCUGACGCCGAUGGAGGCGGGCAUGCGGAUCGCGACCGAGGGCCUGCGGGUCACGAUCCCGCCCGGCACCUCGCCCCAUCUGGCGAAGCUGAUCAAAAUCUGCAUGAACGAGGAUCCGGGCAAGCGCCCGACGUUCGACAUGAUCAUACCGAUUCUCGACAAGAUGAAGCGCUAAACCCGAGUGUGUGUGUGUGGUGCUUUUCAAUCUUCUCUGUGUGUGUGUGCCUUCUCGAAGAGGUGCCUUGCUAACGGCACGCAACAACAAGAACCCGGAGGGAGUAUUUAUUUUUUCACCUUGCGCGGUUCACUAACUGUUCAGUCCCGAAAUGCCAAAAUGCGAGCGAGGGAAGGUUUUGCAAAAGCCUUACCGUUCGUUCGGCCUUUUUAACUGGUCAAUUUUGUAACACUUCCAGUUUACUCGGUGUCCGAUUCAUGUUUGCAGCUCUCCAAAACGGUGCCUUAACGAUUAAUCUAGCAGCAAACGAGUAGCAAAGGGAGUGAAAGUAUUAGCUCGGUGUGUGUAGCCGAAUGGUUUUAUGUCUCUGUUUUUGACCAUCGUAAACGUUUAACCUUCUGACCCCAACCCCAUGCAAAAAAAACAGUACCGAAAGCACAAAACGGGGGUUUGAACGUAAUUUCAAAAUCAAAACGGUGUUCUUUUUCUGUUUUUAAAUGUUGUACUCGUUGUGUCGUCCGUCUGUGCGACGCGAAAUAACUCUCCAACUAAACACUCUUAACUGUAUGCGUUGUAGUUACUUAGCAUAUUAAUGGAUGUAUUUUUAUACCAGUAAUAAAAGAAAAAAAACACAUUUUAACCAA